UCUCCGCCAGGGUGGAUCACUGGGGGAAAGGAAGCCCGGUCUCACUCCAAACCCUACAUGGCUUUCCUCAACAUCAGCAUGAAGCAUGGGCACAAAAGGUGUGGAGGAUUCCUGAUCCAAAAGGACUUUGUGCUGACAGCUGCACACUGUGACCUAGGAAAAAUCGUGGUGUAUCUGGGAGCUCACAAUGUGACCAAGCGGGAGCGGAGCCAGCAACGCCUGGCCGUCAGACGGAAAAUCCCCCACCCGAAAUACAACAACAAGACAUGGGAGAAUGACCUCAUGUUACUCAAGCUGAAGUGCAAAGCGAAGCUGACAAAGGCUGUGCAGCUCGUCCCCCUGCCCGAGGACGGUGAAGAGGUGAUGCCAAGAGACAUCUGCAACAUAGCGGGCUGGGGGAAUACCCGGGCCAGGGGUUUUUCCCUGCCAAGCACGCUGCAGGAGGUCAACUUGAAAGUGCUGGAGGCGGACAGGUGCACGCGCUACCCCCAUUUCGUCCCCAACUCCAUGCUCUGCGUGGGCGACCCCAGGGAAGUCGAGAAAUCAUCCUUUCAGGGCGAUUCCGGGGGCCCUCUGGUCUGUGACGGGACAGCCCAGGGCAUCGUCUCUUUUGGCAAAGAUGACGGGUCCCCCCCCAGGGUGUUCACCAGGGUCUCGGCGUACGUCCCCUGGAUCAAGAAAACAAUGAGAAAGCUGUAGGAUUAACCUUAGACAAGCACUUUCUUUGCUCUCUGCCUCAGUUUCCCAGCUGUAAAAGGAGUGUUACAAUCCUCACUUAGCUCCCAAGUGAUAAAUCCGUACAGCUAUGUAUGGAGCCCAGUUAUGGUGAUGGGCUCAUG